CUCUAUUGAAAAGGUGUUCAAUGCUUCCAUUCUCUCCUCCUCCACUCUUUACAGGUUUUUGAAGUGUUGGUAUUGAAGGAGGAAUGGAGGAACCGGGGCAGCUGAAAAGGGCUUUAAUUGAUGCUUCCGCCGGUGCGAUUUCCGGCGGUAUUUCUAGAACUGUUACAUCGCCGCUCGAUGUGAUCAAAAUCCGAUUUCAGGUUCAAUUAGAACCCACUACACAAUGGGCGUUGCUUCGUAGAGAUGUGUACGGUCCGUCGAAAUAUACGGGUAUGGUUCAAGCUUCCAAGGACAUACUUAGGGAGGAAGGAUUACCGGGAUUUUGGAGGGGCAAUGUACCAGCCCUACUUAUGGUUAUGCCGUAUACUGCAAUACAGUUUACAGUCUUACACAAAUUGAAGACGUUAGCUUCCGGUUCUUCUAAGUCAGAAGACCAUAUCAAUAUAAGUCCGUAUCUUUCGUAUGUUAGUGGGGCCUUAGCAGGAUGUGCCGCCACUAUUGGUUCGUAUCCGUUCGAUCUUCUCAGAACUAUUUUAGCUUCACAGGGUGAACCAAAGGUUUAUCCUAAUAUGAGGUCGGCAUUUGUUGACAUAGUUGAAACACGUGGCUUUCGUGGGCUAUAUGCUGGACUUACGCCGACUCUGUUUGAGAUUGUUCCUUAUGCUGGUUUGCAAUUUGGAACCUACGAUACGUUCAAACGCUGGAUGAUGGUAUAUAAUCGGUAUAAAUCGCCUUACGGUAAUGAAGGAGGCGAUGUAAUAUCGAGCUUCCAGCUAUUCCUAUGUGGAUUAGCUGCUGGAACAUGUGCUAAAGCUGUAUGCCAUCCACUCGAUGUGGUCAAGAAAAGAUUUCAGGUUGAAGGAUUGCCGAGAGAUAGAAGAUACGGAGCAAGAGUCGAGCACCAUGCGUACAAAAACAUGUACGAUGCGCUAACUCGCAUUAUGCAGGCUGAGGGCUGGGCCGGGCUCUACAAGGGCAUCGUUCCGUCUAUUGUGAAAGCUGCGCCAGCUGGCGCUGUUACGUUUGUUGCUUACGAAUUUACUUCUGAUUGGUUAGAGUCCGUUUCGACUUGAUUUUUUUUUUUUUUGUUUCCUCGGUUUUUCGGGAUCGAUUUUCUUUAACCCUUUAAUUUUCUUUUUAAUCAUAGAAAAUUGAAGUGCAUUUAUUGUUUUAGGAACUGCAUUUUGUUUCAAACAUAGGAAUCUUCACAGGAAUAUAGUAGGAUUCAAUUAUGUCAUAUAUAUUUUUUGCAGUGAUAAGUUGGUCAAACUUUCAUGUUGACUUUAGAUCCAUCUUAUUUAAAGGGAUUUUUCUUUUAAUGGUAUA